AUGUCGACGAUGAUCAGGAGCCUGCUGUACCGUCAUACGCUGCCGAUGCGGCCCUCGCUGUACCGCACCAUGCACACGAGCUUGCGCGUCGGCAAGGACAGUGCGCACCAGACGGUACCUGCCCGCCCGGCACCUGGCGAAAAGCGCGACUUGGUCGCCGAGCAGGUCAACCGGAUCAGUGAGCCCACGGCCGCCUCGGUCGUGAGCGAUGCACCCAACUCACUCCACCAGCGCUACGUGCGCAUCUUCCAGCCAGCCAAGCCCGCGACGCAGUCUGGACGCGCCGGCACGCGCGACUGGCGCGUCGAGUUCGAGGUCCUUCAGGGCUCGGGCCGCUGGGAAAGCCCCCUCAUGGGAUGGGCCAGCACCGCCGACCACCAGCAGUCUCUCUCGAUGCGGUUUGAUUCGCUCGACGCAGCCAUCCACUUUUGCGAGAAGCAGGGCUGGAACUACCUGGUCCAGCAGCCCCACAAGGCGCGCAUCCCCCCGAAGAGCUACGCCGCCAACUUCAAGUACUCGCCCGGCAAGCUGCGCAUCCACCACACAAAGUAG